UGGGGGGGCGGGCUCCGCGCGGUGGCGGGAAAGCGGCGCCCGGACACUUACGGGACGCCGAAGGGUGGCGGCUCGCUCCGCUAUGGACGCGGCCGAGGUGGAGUUCCUGGCGGAGAAGGAGCUGGUGACCAUUAUCCCGAACUUCAGUCUGGACAAGAUCUACCUCAUCGGGGGGGACCUGGGGCCCUUUAACCCCGGCUUACCGGUGCAAGUGCCCCUGUGGCUGGCGAUUAACCUGAAGCAAAGGCAGAAGUGUCGGUUGCUGCCUCCGGAGUGGAUGGAUGUGGAAAAGUUGGAGAAGAUUAGGGAUAAUGAACGAAUGGAACAAACUUUUACCCCUAUGCCUAGCCCUUACUAUAUGGAACUGACCAAGCUCCUGUUAAAUCAUGCUUCAGACAACAUUCCAAAAGCAGAUGAGAUCCGCACCCUGAUCAAGGACGUGUGGGACACUCGCAUAGCCAAACUCCGGGUGUCUGCUGACAGCUUUGUGAGGCAGCAGGAGGCACAUGCAAAGUUGGAUAAUUUGACCUUGAUGGAGAUCAACACCAGUGGGGCAUUCCUCACACAAGCUCUCAAUCACAUGUACAAACUCCGCACAAACCUGCAACCUUCUGAAAGUGCCCAGUCUCAGGACUUCUAGAGAAUGACUUUUGAUUUGUAAAGGCCUUGUGUCUGCUGGCAUGAGGCUCCCCGAUAAUGUGUGAGUGCUCAGGACCUGAUAGAGGUGCAUAGUGCUGGGUUCAAGAACCAUUUGAAUGUUAGAAAAAUGUGCAGUGAAGCAAGGAAUGGAUUCAUAACAUCAUUGGAAAGCAACAGGUUGUGCUUAGUUCUUCAGAUAUUCCCAACUGUGAAGGACUCAAGUAAAAGUGACAAGAAAAGGCAAGUCCUGUCAUAUGAAAGCAGUCCUCUAAACCAGCAAUCUUCUAAACCAGCAGUUGCCUGUUCCUUUAUGGAGGAAAGAAAAAGCUUCAGCAAACAAGCCAUUCUCCCUAGCAGGGUCUCAGGUCUCCUAUUAUGUGUAGGUGAGUGUACAGCGAUGUUACAUGUUGCUUUGAAAAGACAGACAUACAAAUGGUGAUAUGCCCCUAGGGCUUUUUUAUUAU